UGUGUAACCAAGCUUUCAAAAAUGGCGGAUGAAGUUUACAAAAACUGACUUGCUCUUCCAACAACUUCUAGGACUUUUCUGCGAUGACUAACGACACAUCUACACCUCCUGUUAAGAGAACUGUAAUUGUUCUAGACCACAGUUCGAAAUUUUUGUCGCUUUCUAAGCAGCAUAUUGAUUUUGAUGGCGGUGGAAAAAAAGGGAAAGGAAAAGGUUCCAGCACAUCUUCUCCUGUGUUCAAAAGUUCCUGGACAUGCAGUAUAGAGGCAGCGGUCGAAUACUGUAGAAUUGUUUAUGAUAUAUUUCCAAACGAAUAUCUGGUCAAGGUGGUUGUUUCAGAUGAUAGUGCUCAUGUUGUGAAUUCUUGGUCCCAUGAACAGCAGUGUGUUCCACAGUUGCUCAAAUCAUUUGCUGGUCUUGGCCCUCCUAAGGAAGACAGUGAUGAAGACUGUUCCAUUAUGCAUGGCUUAACAUCUGCUGUUCAAUGUCUGUAUGAACCAUUGCCACAAAACUCAAAAGCAAACCACACACAUACUGGUGAUAAAACAGGACGCAUCAUCUGCCUCACAAACUUGAAAAGUGAGGCCCAUGUUCACACUCUGAUAGCAUGUGUACGAGAUGCAUUAGAACAACAGAAUAGUGGAACAGCUGUGAAUGACAGGCACGCAGACCUCAUUUUAGUUCAUGUUCCACAGAGUGGAGAUAGUGGAAAGCUCACCGAGAAAGCACCAAAGGUAUUAAUAACUAAUAUGUGUGUGUUCUGUGGUGAUGAAACUUUACCAGUAAAAAAAGAUGGAACUGUUGCUGUCAAGGACACUGUUCACCUGAAAUGGUGUACUCCCAAGAACACGCAUGCUCCAGGAUUGUUAUCCCUUUCAGUUCUAAAGUCGGACAGAAACUGUUGGUUUUAUCCAUGUAGUUUACCCCUCAUAUCUUAUUUACUGAUAGGUCGACAAGUCAUGUUAGAACAGCCCAAGAAGUCUGGUGGAAAACUAGUGUCACACAUAUUGGCAAGUCAUGGAGGUGACAUUUUCAUACACUGUCUAGCGACUUAUCGGACUCCAAUGGAAGAUCCCCCGUCUAUAAGUGAAGGAUGUGGUGGCCGAGUCACAGAUUACAGAAUCAAUGAUUUUGGUGAAUUCAUGAANGUGAUCUACAGAGUCCAGGCUAUGGAAAGUAGAAAUGAUCCACUCCCCGUGUCCAUGACAGGAAUCAGAGGAAAAGGACCAAAAAGGGAGGAGCAGUAUCGCCAGGUGUGGGCUGAACUAGAAACUUUCCUUGAAGCCGCUAGCAAGACAUCCAAGAUGCAUGAAAAGGUACUUGAAUGCCUGCGUGGAACGAGUCCCACGAGCAGCACCACAGACAGCCCAAGGAGAGAUACACCUACCGAUGAAAUUGAAAGUGAGAGGAAGAUACACCCUAAAAUUCCGAUGCUAACAAUGUUUCAGGUACUUGAAUGCCUGCGUGGAACGAGUCCCACGAGCAGCACCACAGACAGCCCAAGGAGAGAUACACCUACCGAUGAAAUUGAAAAAAAUACGCAGUCCAGGCUCUCGGAAGCCUCGCUUUCAUGGCAAGAGAUUGACAGAUAUCAGAGCAUGACGGAGAGAGAGAAGACAGACUUCAAUCGUGGAGACACAAACAAUGAACACUUCUUUAAAAGAGGUCUGGGGUCAGCAGUUACAGAGCAGGCGCACAAGAGAUUACGAACCGACAAUCAGCCAGGACUCAGUAAACAGACAGGUAGAGGUGCAGCAACCUCUCUGUUAUCGAUGUGGAACAGUAAAAUGAACGCAAUAGCUGCGUCACGUCAUGAGGAAUUUGCCGGCAGACUUCAGUCGACAGGGAACAAGGCUGAGUUGUACGUCAGUCCCAUAGACACAGGAAGCAACAGCAGUGGUAGAGGCACUCCUGUGGAAGAAUGGCUUUGACUCGAUGGUGCAUGACACCACAGUUCGCACAGUUGGGAAAGAUAUUCUUGUCGACAAUUUCUCGUAAACAAGCUAUGCCCCAUGACUGUCUGGCUCUUGUUGCUGUGUCAGAAAUAGCGGGAGUUGUCACGUGACCGAACGGUCCCAUGUUGCUUGGCAACCACACCAGCGACAACCGCUGGCUCAGUGAAUAACUAAUCGAAAUCUUGGAUGGUCAUAAUUGUUGUUGUUUGAGACACACGAAGUCACAAAGAAACAUUGGUAACUAGCCAUCGCCGGUCUAGACCAGAAUUUGGUCCAAACACAUGACUUCACGAACGUUAAGUGUAGCUUCUCUCUAAGCGUAGUGUACAGUUCCUUGUGCAAACAUGCACUGUAGCUAGAUUACUGUUCUCUGCGGUCUGUUAUUACUGUAAAUAAAUAUACUUUCUAGAAGAUGA